AUGUAUGAUGUGUACGAUAUGGGUAAUGUUCACCUUCCAACCAUCACCACCACCAACAGUCGCAGCAAAACAUCCUCAACUUCUAUACCUUUUAUACAACUACCGCCACCCAUACAAAGCCAGCCACAAUUUUCUCCUAUGUAUGGCAAGGAUGCUUCUUCAACAUUCACCCAUGCUGCCUAUCAGAACACACAACGCGCAUACCAGCCAUGCCUUAAGGAGGCUCAAGGACUGUAUCAGGCACUUAACAUGUACCAUUAUACCCAUCCAAAUGAAAAGCUCAACCCACACUGCAUCCGACGUUUGGCAAGCUAUGUUGUACAAGCAUGGGAAGUGGAUCCUUCAGAGGCAUCCAUCACUGAAAUUGCAUCGUUGAUGCACCAUUUAUUAUCUACCACUGCAUCCAAGAACGACACCAAUGAAGACAUGGAUACGAUUUUGAUGGAAUAUGCACACAAACAGCAGUCCUCCAUGCCCACGCCAUGUCCAAACCUUACGCUCUUAGUGGCUAUACGAUAUAUUGAUCGGCUAAAGAAGAGAUACGCUCGCAUUCGUGGAGCAUUCGGAUGUAGCUAUCGUCUCGUUGUGGUUGCUUACAUGAUGGCUGCCAAAUACAUCCAUCGCAAUCUCCGGCUUGUGAUUCCCAUACCAACGCUCGUCGAUGAACAACAACACAUGCAUUAUGCACGCCUCUCUACCGAACGAUCCACAUUGAAACAGGAACAACAGCAACAACAACCUCAUCGUUAUAUAUCAUCAUCACCACCAACACCACCGGCAUCACCCAAUGGUAGUUGUAGUAGCAUUCACAGCAGCAGCAACAAUACACCAUCCCCGCCACCACCAGCAACAACAUCAUCAUCCUUAUUAUCACCACCAUCAUCAUCCAGUAAUAAUCAAUCGGUCACUCAGCAGGCGUUACGUGCAUUGAGAAUGGAAAUUGAGUUUUUACACUUUCUUCAAUACGACUUGACAUGUUCCGAUCCAACAUCGCUAGUUCGUUUGGCACACGAAGAUCCCUCCCACCUCCAUCAUUCUUUUCCAUCCUUGUCUUUGAACAAUGAUGAAUAG